AUGGCGCAUGAUACUUCGAACGCGUCUUCCCCUCACUCCGACCCGUUGCCUGCCGAGAAUGGUCCCCCGUUUUCUUUGCCUGAAGAUAUCUCGUCACCUAUUUCGGAAGGCCACAAUGGCCAGGUAUCCAAGGCUACUUCUACUGGUGUCACCGAUCGACCUCUCCUCUAUUCCCGAAUUAUAAAAGUGGUGCCCAAAGCGCCCCAGUCGAUCGCGGCAACUGGCGAAAAAACAGUCAAGAGGACCUUGGAUGCGUCCAUUCCUGCGUCGGGGGAGUGGAAGGUGCCACCUCCCAAGCGUCUGGCUCGAGUGGUCAAUGCCCACAAGAAGUUACCUCCCGCGGCGCAGCGUUCGGAGAUAUCUGGGAAGUCGAAACCCACAGCUGACGAAUUCCGUUCAACCGGCCGGGAUGGGGCUGUGCUAGACCCUGCGUUAUCGGCUGAUGAAGAAGAUCCUGAAGCCCCUGAUGAAGAGGAUAUCGGCUUGCGCUCGUCUACUUUGGUCGACAAGAUUAAGACCGUUAUCAAACAAACUCCCAAGAAGCCUACCAAGAAAACGACGGCUAACAAGUCCCACUCGUCGCGAUUGGGUUCAUUGGAAAUUGAUCAACCAGCAAUAGGGGGUUUGAUGCCUCUUACCAAGGUCGACUCUCAAGGCCGCAAAAUGUUGUCCGCAGGCCUGAAGACUCCUAAGGAUAAGAUGCCCGCCGAACGUUCAGACAAGAUGAACAUUGAUCCUCCCGCUCUCGCAAAGCUCAAAGCGACCUUUGCAGUGCCUGCUGCCUCGACUUCGACUGCCAAUCAGCUCCAGGAGCCUGCUGCCAAUCCUUCGACUCCUGCCCGAAUGGCUGACGUCUCCAAAGAUCAAGCUGGACUCACCCGAAGGAUUCCAGAAACCACCCCCGUGAAUGCUGGUCACUUAACACGAACACCCUCAGCAGCCACGACUAUCUCAAAUGCUGUCCUGCCUAACUUGGCUAAAGCAUCUCUGGCAGAAAUGAAGGCCAUGAGGGGAAUAUGGAUACGGGAUAAGGAUAACACCGCUGCCAACGUUUCCGAGCUUCGAAGGGAGGGGUAUCACUUGCUCGCACCGGCUGCCUAUGAGUACCAAGAUCGACACCUCAGGAAGGUCACCAGGUUUUGUUCCCAGCUGGACCGCAAGAUUGAAGAGUCGGAGUGCGCUGGUGUAGUGGAGGAGAUUGAAGUUAUUGACUUGACGGAAGAACCCGAUGAUCCUCCACAGACGUCUGUUGUUGGGUUGACAGGUGCCAAGAGGCCUAUUCAGGGGUCAACAUCUAUGUCCCUUGAUGACAGCCCGGUGGAGUCCAAGAAAGCUCGAACGUCUGAAUUCAAUCCCCCAAACCUGGGCCCUUAUGGCUUCCGUGCUAUUCCCGAUAAGGAUGCCGCUCUUGCUGGACUCACUCCCCGUUUCCCUGUUAAUAAGCAGCCCUCGCUUUCGGAGUUCAUCAGUCAAUCUAAUCCUUCUCUGAUGCUGCCACUGUCGGCCAAUAUCUCAAAGCCUCCUCCCCAGCCGACCGGGACUUCGUCAUCAUUGGCCAAAGGGAAGAUGACUCCGGUUGUGGUUAUCAACUCGUCAGCGGGGGCUAACCUGCGGUCGGCUGCCGCCUCAUCCGGUUCGACUGGGCCAGAAAUUUCCAACUUGUCAUCGGCGCAGGGAGUGGCUGGUUCCUCUUCUUUAGUUCUGCCUUCUACAUCUGUCUCAGCACCCGGUACCUCUUCUCUCUUGCCGCCUUCUACAUCCGAUGUCCUUGACUCAGCGGCCUCAGGUGCUUCAACUUCCAAGAAUGCUUCUCAACCGUCUCUCCUUUCUAAGUCUAAGUCAAAGCCGGUCAGUUCAGCUCAACGUGUUACAAGGGGCUCCUUGCGGACUUCCCAACCGACUGCGGCAUCAAAGUCUAAAUCAAAUGGAAAUAUCUCGAACACCACAACUCCGCGGCCCAACAAUGACGUUCCUCCUGCCACAAAGGACGUUCCUCCAGCCUCGAACGCCGAUCCUCAAGCCACCAAUGAUGUUGCUCCUGCCUCGACCGAUGUUCCUCCAGCUACAAAUGACGUACAUCCGGCCACAAAAGACUUGCCUGCUAACUCUACUCUGGACGACUCCGAUCAACGGUCUCAGGGCGGUCAAUCAACCAAUGCCCCUUCUGCCUUGCCUCCAUCUGGGAGGGCAUUGCCGAAUUCGACCUUGCCAGAAAAAUCGAAGGAUGCUCAAAACAAGGAUAAGGAUGUCGUUGACGAGGGGGUGGACGAGUUGGAGGAGCUGUCAGACAAGGAGGAAGCACCAAAGAAGCGAGGGGGUAAAGGGAAAGGGAAGGCCCAGAAGAAGACUCCGAAAACUCCCAAACCGCCAAAGACGCCCAGGCUUAAAGUGUCGGAAAUGACGCCGGAACAGAAACUCGAGCGGGAUCGAAAGGCAAAGCAGAGGAAGGAGGAGAAGGAUAAUUGUGUGUAUGCAAUCCCUCCUCAACCAGGUGCUUUAUUAGCUCCAAUGUGGCCCCCGCUAACGUGCGAGGAGGCUCGGAUAGCUCACAAGGACAUGCUGGUCAAAUCAAGGAAUCCUCACUGGAACUACGGCCCCGAACUCAUGGACAGGGUGGCAAAGAUUGUGAAGGCUUUUGGAGACGAUUUCGAGGAUGACGAGUUUUACACGAAAAUGGAUAACUUUAAGCCUGACUUGGAAGCCAUCCAAGCCUUUGGCUUGGUGUAUAAGGAUGAGUUUUUGAACUUGAUUCCAACUUGCCCAAGGCUUGUGCAGGUGGACGCAGCCGAUCCGUUCUUCAAAGAAGGUGUUGUAGAUCUGUCGAUGAUUAAGGCGGCGCAUGACUCGGACGACAAAGUCAAGGCCUCAUCUUGGCAGUGCUUGUACGGAAUGAUGAUCAGGACGGAUGAGCACAGCGAUUAUACUGAGGAUCCGCAUACGGUCAAGGCGAUCGACUCGUCGUUUCGGAAGAUCCACACUCUCACCCAGUCUUGUUUCGACCACUUCCAUCACUAUGUUCUACCUAGCAACAAGCCGGUCUGCGACACAUCUGCAACUUGGAAGCAAGAUACGAUGUUCCAAUCUGGCGAGUUUGUAUUGGCGAAAAUCAAGGCCUUGAAAGCUGGUGCCCAGGGAACUGCGAGCCAUGGGAAUAAACGAACGGGAAACGGCCUCAUGAUCUUACAGAAACGGAUUUGGGAGACUCUUUUCUGCUGUCUGAUGAUGCAACAAGCGCUUUUUCUAGACGAUCUCGACCACUGUAUCAAGACCAAGUCCUUUCCGAACAAAACGAUGGUUGUUUCUCAAUACAUGACAGCAGAAGAUCGGAGCAAAAGUCUGUUCAAAACCGGAGAUGUGAAGGACCUCAAUGACUCUAAGGCUCUCAUUGACUGGGGGCAAGAUCGUCUGGCGGCCUUUGGAUCGAUGGCGAUUUUUUUCUUGUAUGGUGCGGCUGGUUGGUGGCAGUGUCUGACUGACUCCCACAACUACAACCAAAAGGAUGUCUGGGCACUGGUGUAUAUUGCUGAAGCUAAGGCGGAUUGGCUUUACAAUAACGGUCACUACCACGAGAGGACCCCUCAAGACACGCCAUGGUACCGGAUCGAUAGCUUUGUGCGUUGGCUACUCCACAAGACUAACAUGCAUCUCAGACUCACGGCAACGACAGACACGGUCGAUUGGCAAGCGGCGCCCCGAUUCUGGAAUCAACAUGUAACUGAACAAACGAUUGCUAGGCUUGCGCUGCAAGAUAUACUGUCUGAAGUCUGUUCGAAGAGUCCACGCAAGUCACUCAAUUUUAAUGCAGAGGCGGCGCCAGAUGUUGUGGUAGACAAAGAAGAUCAGCCACUUGUUGACGAGUUCCGAUCGACUCUUACCUGCGGUUGGAAUGCUACGAUUCGUGCCAAUGAAAAUGCAAUGACUAAUCAACCUCGGCCCGAUGAAGAGGAAGGAGAAGCUAACGGCGGCGGUGAAGAUGAAGAGGUUGCUAAUGGCGGUGGUGAAGAUGAAGAGGAUGCUAACGGUGGCGGUGACGAUGAAGAAGACCCUGACGAAACUCAGGAAGAAGGUGGAUUCAUCCGACCAAGUCAUAGCGGGCGUUCAGAGAACUCUUUUUCGACCAGGCGAGGUGGCACCCCCAGCGAGUCUUCCUCAAGUUCGGACGAGAGUCAGGUCAAGGUCAAGUUGACUCAGACUAAGGGACGUAUCAGGCACCGGAAGCGUUCUUUGGUCCCUUCUUCCAGCUCUAGCUCAGGCUCUAGUGGUGAGGACGAGGAAGAGACAGACAUUGCAAGAUCUGACACUGAUGGUGGAUUAGAAGAGAGAAGCAGAAGACGUGCGGAGCACCCGAUGAUUGAGUACUCUGCAGGUGUAUCAAGGAAGAAGUAG